AUGACUGGGACAAAGCCCAGUUAUGACUUUGGCGGACCGCUAGGCACUUCCGCUAUUGUCUUUGGCCUCCCCGUGCUGCUCUACUUCUUCUACUUCACUUGCAACGAUGUUGCCGGCUGUCCCGCGCCAGCCCUCCUGGAGCCUCGCUCCCUCACGUUAGCAGAGCUGACAAGCCAGAUACCAUGGCCUGAGGAUGGCAUCUGGGGGUUUGCCAGCUGGAAGGUCAGCGGCUGGGUCGCAGCUUACUACCUGCUCAGCCUGGUGCUCUAUCGACUGCUUCCUGGACAGGAGAUUUACGGCACGAAGCUGAGAGAAUCGGGCCGGCCGCUCAAGUACAAGCUGAACGCGUUUCCCUCUACUCUCGUCCAGCUAGCCGCAUGCGCUGUAGGAACUGGUCUGUACGGCGCUGAUUUCGCCGUCUGGACGUUCAUCGACGAAAACUACCUGCAGAUUUACACAGCCAAUCUCGUCCUCGCAUUCGCAAUCUCCGUGUUUGUGUAUGUACGAAGCUUCAGCGUCAAGCCAGGCAACCCUCAAUUGAGGGAGCUCGCCCAAGGAGGCCACACUGGCAAUAUCAUGUACGACUUCUUCAUUGGCCGCGAGCUGAACCCUCGCAUCACGCUUCCCCUUUUCGGCGAGAUUGAUCUCAAAGUCUGGCUUGAGAUGCGGCCUGGCUUGACUGGUUGGAUUCUUCUCGACCUUGCCUUUGUUGCGAAACAGUAUCGCACUUAUGGAUACGUGUCCGACAGCAUCCUCUUCAUUGCCGCGGUGCAGAGUUACUACGUCCUCGAAGGCCAGUAUGCCGAAUCGGGAGUUCUCGGCAUGAUGGACACCAUCACGGAUGGUCUGGGAUACAUGCUCACCUUUGGAGACAUUGUUUGGGUCCCGUUCUUGUACUCUACCCAGACCCGUUACCUCUCCGUCUUUCCCUUGCAGCUAGGCUGGGCGGGCAUUGCCGCCGUGUCUGCCGUAUUUAUCGUGGGAGUGUACAUAUUCCGCGCCUCCAACUCGCAGAAACGCAUCUUUCGUACGCAGCCGGAUCACCCCAGCGUCAAGGGCAUGUCGUAUAUCCAAACCAAGCGAGGCACAAGACUUCUCGCAGAUGGCUGGUGGGGAGUAUCGCGCCACAUCAACUACUUUGGAGACUGGCUUCAAGCAUCGCCCUUCAGUCUUCCUACCGGCGUGGCGGGAUACUUGAUUCUCCCUGCCGGAGCCGUUACUACUGCGGGUGCUGGCGUUGCUACGAUGCUGGAUGGUCGGGAGGUAGUUCAGGGUGCGGCAAGAGGCUGGGGCAUGGUUUACACGUACUUGUACGUCGUGUACUUUGCUACGCUGUUGAUACAUCGCGAGAGGCGGGAUGACGCGGCGUGUGCGGAAAAGUAUGGCGAGGACUGGGAAAAGUACAAGAAGACUGUGAGAUGGAGGAUUCUGCCUGGUAUUUACUGA